AUGGCUGACGGCCAGGCCUCACCGCCGGAGACAGAGUCGCAUGCACUGUCCCUGGCAGACAUAAGGGCGGACAUCAGAGCCCUCACUAGUACCACGGUCACGAAAUCUGACCUGAAGAGUACCUCCGACACACUCCACGAGGCGAUACGAGCAGAAGUCGCCAUGUUGGGGAAUGAUAUAGCGGCGCAAGGCAACCACAUCCAUUCAUUGGAGCAAGCAAUGACUGGCCGCAUAGAAGCCAAUAACCUAGCGAUCAAUCAGCAAGGAAUCAUCCUCCUACACCUCAGGCUGCAGGCGGAGGAUCUUGAUAACAGGGGACGCAGAUCCAAUAUAAGAGUCCGCAACCUCCCUGAAUCGAACGGCGAAGAAAACGUGGAGACCACACUCACCACUUUGUUUAAAGAAAUAUUGGGUCCAGAUGCACCGCCCAAUAUCAGAUUUGACAGAGCUCAUAGGGCAACAAGAUCGAGAAACAUUGAUAAUUCACCCAGGGACAUUGUCUGCUGUUUACACAAAUUUAAACUAAAGGAACUAAUCAUGUCUAAAGCCCGAUCCAAGCAGUCCUGGCCAUUCCAGGGAGCAGAGGUAGCCCUAUACCAAGACUUAUCACCCCUCACGCUGGAGGCCCGCAGGGCUCUCAGACCGGUGACCCAACUAUUGAGAUGUCAUAACAUUCCGUAUAAAUGGGGUUUUCCCUUUAGCCUGUUGGCCCGACAUGAGAAUGAGUGGAUCCCCGUAAGAUGGCCAGAUGAGGUGCCUGUGUUUCUGAGGCGACUGGGCUUGCCGCACACAGAGGUAGUUGAUUGGAUCCUGGGACCACUAGAACUACGGCCUGGCCCACUGGCACAAAGAGCUGCACGACGCCGCAGAGAAGACUCACCGUGUAGACUGCCUGCACACAGACCCCGCAACCCGGCGCAGCAAGCCGAAUGAACGGGACACCAACGCUACAAGCUACUUAGAGACUCCCUCGACUGGCAGCACAGGGACACCGUCAGGUCUAAGACCCACUCAGAUAAGUACUUUUUACCCUAUCCCGACAUGCACCGACCUAUGGCCUAAGACUGCUGACCCAUCCCAUCUGAGACUCCCCUCACCACUGGACACGACGGAAAUGACUAAUCCACCAUAG